UUCAUACGACCGCCAAAAAAUCAAUAUCGAAUCCUGGAUUACCUAAUACCAGUAAUAGUGAAAAAUUUCCAAUACCAACAUCUACCAAACUACCACCACCACCAGCCAAUAUCAAUUUCGAAAACCAGGAUAACAGUAUUAAUGCUUUAUCAACAACGUCGACAUCAUCAAUGAAAAAGAAAAGUUCCAAUCCACCACUAGCUUUCCCAUGUAUCGAUAAAAUGGCAACACGUACCCGAUCUCUAGACGGAGGUCCGGAACCAGCUUACGAAAAAAUUGUAACUGGAUAUUCGGUUUAUCAUCAUACCCUGCCAUUCCUUUGUGAUUAUGGUGGGAUAUUGCCGGAACUUGAUAUUGCUUAUGAGACAUGGGGAGAGUUGAAUGGUCGAAAAGAUAACGUGAUUUUAUUGCAUACUGGUUUGUCAGCGAGUAGUCAUGCGAAAAGUCACGAGUUGAAUGUUCAUGAUGGAUGGUGGGAGAACUUUAUAGGACCUGGUCUUUCGAUCGAUACCAACAAAUUUUUUGUGAUUUGUACAAAUGUAAUCGGCGGAUGCUACGGUUCAACUGGUCCCGGUUCAAUCGAUCCAUCUAAUCAAGAGAGAUACGCCACGCGAUUCCCAUUAUUAACUAUUUUCGAUAUGGUGCGCGCACAGUUUUUGUUGUUAGAUCAUCUAGGAGUGAAUAAGUUGUAUGCUAGUGUUGGUAGUAGUAUGGGUGGAAUGCAGUCAUUAGCAGCCGCGUAUUUAUACCCGGAUCGAGUGACGCGUUUAAUUAGUAUUUCUGCGUGCGCUAGGUCUCAUCCGUACUCUAUUGCUAUGCGACAUACCCAACGACAAGUCUUAAUGGCUGAUCUAAAUUGGAAUAAAGGUUUCUAUUAUAAUGGAAUCCCGCCUCAUACGGGGAUGAAGCUUGCACGCGAGAUCGCUACAAUCAGUUAUCGAUCUGGUCCAGAAUGGGAACAAAGAUUCGGGCGAAAGCGUGCUAAAGAGGAUCAGUCACCUGCUUUAUGUCCAGAUUUUUUAAUUGAAACUUAUCUGGAUCAUCAGGGUGAAAGAUGGUGUUUACAAUAUGAUCCAAAUUCACUCUUGUAUAUAUCCAAAGCCAUGGAUUUAUUUGACAUGUUUGCCACAUCGUUAGAUCGACUAAAACGUCAAAGGGAAGUCAAUAUUACCGGUUACAAAGAUAAUCCAGAUACUUUUGCUACCACCAUCGCAACGCAACAAAACAAAUUGUCUCUUAACCAAUAUCCGCAUUCAUCAUCAAAUCGUCCACUACAAAAACACAUCUCGUCGCUACAAACCACAGACACCGAAGAGCUCGAAGACCUUAUAAACGGCUUAUCUGCUAUUCAGAUUCCCGCGUUGGUUCUCGGCGUACAAUCCGAUAUUCUAUUUCCUUUCUGGCAACAGAAAGAAGUCGCCGAGUGUUUACGAAUGGGUGGAAACAAGAAUGUCACCUAUUACGAAUUGGAUUCGAUGUACGGUCAUGAUACUUUUUUAAUUGAUUUGACGAAUAUUGGAAGUGCAGUGAAGGGGCAUUUAGAAUUAGGUGGUUAG